CGUGGUCAUGUCUACAAACAUGGAAGCUGCACUGUCUUCAAAUGAAGUGGUCAAAGCUGCUUCGAAACGGCUUCCGGUGCCUUUUCGACGCAAGGAGCUGUUUCUAGGUUCCACGUUGACUCACCACACUGGAAUUCUCCUUGUGAUGUCGACAACAAGCGCCGAAGUUGUGGAGAAGGCCCACCGACAUUUCGGCGAAGUAGAACACCGUGACCUCACGGCAGAGAGCGAAAGUGCAAUUGGAAGAGUUGCCAGCUACACCAAAGUCACACAUCUCUCCCUCGUCUCCAGUUUGCCGAAAGAUAAGUGCUCCUUUGAGCCUCACGUGACCGAAGUCCUAUCCGUGCUCCGACUUGUGCACUUGUCCCUAAAACGCUUCUGUGGCGUUAAACUUUCGGUUAUUGCGAACCUCUGUCCCCAUCUUAAGUUUCUCGGUAUAUUUAUGUGCGUCGUCGAUGGAGAAGAGGAUGCGGCCGCGGAUUUCCCCAACCUGGAACAUCUUCACCUCGACUGCGCUAUGAAAGAGGGAUCGUUCUUCAAGCUCCUGAGGUCUUGUCCGGGACUUCGAGAACUGGAGCUCGAGGUGGACGAACUUACGACGGCGUUUGUCGUAGGUCCUCCCGAAUCGUGCGGGGAGCGCCCUCGACUCGAACACGUGAAGCGACUGGCCCUGCGCACUAACUGUGACGUUGAAUCUGGCCUGGAUACCCGGGACGACCUGCCGUCGGAUCUGGAUUUAACGUUGGCGUGUCUUCCUUCGCUCCGGCGCGUGCGCAGCGACAGCUACGAGAUCCGUCUUCACGUCGCUAGCUGCUUCCCACAUAUUGCUCUGGACUGGUGCGUGUGCACCUUAUGUUUCGCGGAGUUCCCGAAAAUAAGCGGGGACCACAAAGAUUUAUAUAAAAUUACUCAGGACCUCCAGCUUAUGAGGCCAAUCGAGGUUGUGAGCUACAGCUUCGGAGAAAAAUCAGAGAAGGACAAAGAAGGAGGAGAAGUACCAGUGGACACUAAAGAGGAAGGUAAGGAGAGAAAGCGAGGGAGAAACGUUGACAAAGGUAGAAGAUACGGUUCUCUCACCUCGGUGUUCAAGAACAGAACCGGAAUUUGAGUCAGAAGCAGGAUCAGCAACGGUAAAAACUGGAUCAGAGAAGGCAACAGACGGAAAAGUACCAGUGGAGACUGAAGAGGAGGCAGAAAGAGACACCGAGGGGGAAAUGACGACAAAGGUGGAAGAUGCGGUGCUCGUGUCUCCGCUUUCAGGAACAGAGCCGGGAGUCGACGCAGAAGCACGAUCAGCAACGGCAACAACUGGAUCAGAGAAGGCAACAGACGGCGGAGAAGUACCGGUGGACACUAAAAAGGAGACAGAAAAAGACAGUGACGGAGCAACGAGGGCGACGGUAGAAGAUACAAUCCUCGUACCUCACCCUUCAGGGACAGAGCAGAAGGUUGAGUCAGAAAGAGAGGCAGGGCCAGCAACGUCAUUAAUUGGAUUUGAGCCAUUGAAGUCAGAAGAGCCUGCGAGCGCGGAGAAACCUGAAAACCGACAGCAGCUACAUGGGGCAGGGGAACCACACGAGGGAAGUGUCUAAGCUUCAUUAGGACACGUCUUAUGAUAUGGGAAGUUUAAGUCCGCUGCGCUCCAGGUUUCAAUUUUCCGACUACUGCAAGAGAGCUUGAAAUAAAUACUUUGGAAUGCGCGAUUGGUAGUUACAAUCUCGCAGGGAUGUGCUGAAUGAAACUGUAGGAACAUACAGCUAUAACGACGUAAAGUGCAGCUUGUGAUCUGCUGGACAUU